ACUCGAUAAAAGUUAACGUGAGGGUUCCUGAUGGUUAGGGACAAAUCUAAUCACAUGGCAGGAUAAGCAAUUAUUGCACACUUUCUGUAAAUCCAAUGAACUUAAUUUCACAAAUGCCACUGUUUGUGUCUCCUCUAUGAUAUAUUUAACUGACAUUUUUUUAUUGUAACAACCAACGAUUUAUACAGGAAAAUAAUGGCUAUUAACAAGGUUGCCCAAACUUUUGCAUCCCACUGUACAUCGUAGGGUUUUAAAAACUGUUUUUAGGGCUUUUUCAGAUUAAAUAGAACAAGAGACAAAGCAUUAAAACAUGUUAUAAACUCAACAACCCUGAUAAACUGAGACUAGUUCGGACCUGGGUUCAUCACAUCAUCAUUUAAAGACGAUGAAUGUUUUAAUGCAGUACAGUUAUUAUUAUUAUUAUCACUCGUCACAUCCUGUCUAUGACAGUUAAAAUAAGUAACAUUCAUAUAAGAAAUAAAAUUGUCUCGUGUAAACUGUAUGUGGUGUUAAAUAGGCCUAUAAUACUGUACUCUAGUGUUGGUCAUAAGGGUGGUACUUCAAGAGCCAUAUAUUUUAUGAGAUGGUACCCACUGUGUAAAGUUUGAGAACCACUGUGUUAGACAAGUCUGUUUUAAGUAUAUUGUACAUUAGUCAGUGAUGUUAACCAAUCGUACACUCAAAAUGAGGUAGUGUUGUGUUAUUUUAUGUGUUCUGUGUGUUUUGUUUGCCAUAAGUCUGACUGUGGCAUAUUCAGUGUUGUAUGAGCAUUUCAGUGUUUGUGUUUUGCCAUCAAUCUGACAGUUGCAGGGAAGAAGCUGUUGAAGAAUCUUGUUCUGUGUGUGAUGAUGUCCGCUCUGUUGUGUCUCAGAUUGUAUGUACAGUUUGUAUGUACAAUUUUUGUGUCUGAGCCCUGUAUUUUAUGAUGUGGUACUCAUGAAAAGUUCGAGAACCACUGAUCUCUCUAGUUCCCAACUCUUGAUUUGUGAUUUUUCUAGAGAAAAUUCUUUAUUAACAGUUUGCUGCAGGAGGUCCCCUCUGUGCCUUGGCCAAGGUUGUUGUGUGUUUUGCCCUUUUUCUGGCAUAAAGAGAGAAAAUAUCAAUGAGAGAACAUUCUAAAUACAAAUAGUUUGAAAAAUAAAAUGAAUUCACAAACUAAAAUGCUUUAUUACAUUUGACUGAAGCAGCAAUUAAAACAUUUCUAUUUUCAGUUUUGAAACGAAUCUCAUUUACUAACAGUUGGUUCAGAUGUUUUCUUUCACUGUUCAUUAUCAUUUAUCAUUAUCAGCUACCAUCUCAAACUCAUGAGCAUGAAACAUUUCCUCAUACCAGAACUGUUAACUCGACAUUGUACAGGACGCUAUGCGGGAAACAGCAAAUAGAUAAAAGGAGGAGAGUCAUAGAGAGGCUGUAUUUGGAUGUACAAGUGACUUUGUGAAGACUAACAGAUUGACCAUGUCGCUCUCCGCGGUGCUGCUGCUGCUGCUGCAUCUGACGGUCUGCAACUCGCAGAAUAUUAGUUUCCUUCCCAGCAAUUUAGAGUUAGGCUUUGUUGGCGCAUUCAACUUCUAUACCAAAGAGAAGUAUGUAAAUGAUUCUUCCUCGCUGACCAUUCGCCUAAUGUGGAACAGUCAGAACUGCACUCCCGAUUUCUCAUUUGGUUGCCAGGAGAGCAGCUGUGGGUAUGUGAGCAUUCUGGUACGCAUGGUCGACCAAGUCAGCGGAGAGUGGUGUCAGAAUGAACUUAGGACUGUUCAGCCAUCUCCCAUUAAUGUGGUUGGUUCACUCGGGUUCCCUGGUUUUAAUUGGGUUAGUGGCAUCAAAAAUAACAUUGGAUCAUGGGUAACUGCAGUAGCAAUCGACCUGAGGAACCGCUCUGACACCAACAAAGAAAACUCCUCACCCCAGUCUACCGUGAUCCCAUUUGUGAGAGUUCCUUCAAACUGUCGGAGAGAUUUCAGCCCGUUGAUGUUUGACCCUGAUGGUGAUCAGGUUAAAUGCAGAUAUGAAAACUCCUCACUCUUUGAGUGUAACGCCUGUGAUCCACCAUCUGUCCUCAGCCUCUCAUCAUCCACUUGUACUCUGUCGUUCGGUCCCACUGCCGACAGUAAUGUGGGCCCCUACGGAGUACAGCUGCUGAUGGAGGACUUUCCCAGGAAGAACAUCACCAUGACUGGAGUAAAUGGCACAAAAACAACACAAACACCUAACGAUGCUCUCAGCAAAGUACCGAUCCAGUUUGUUCUGAUAGUGGAUCCUCCUGUCUCAUCCUGCACAGAGGGAGACUUUUUGCCCAAAUUCUUGCCUCCAACCCCAGCCAACAGAGCUCGGCUCUACACCCCUGUUAAUAACACUCUGGAAAUCAGCAUCAGUGCAGAGGCAAAAAACUCCACGAUCUCUGAGCUGCUGUUCAGCGGACCGUAUGAUGCAGUUCAGAAUAAAACUGGACCAGGAACGUUCACCCUGAGAUGGACGCCGUCUAAAUCACAAGACAAUGACACCCUCCCCUUCUGCUUUGUUGUCCAGGCACUUUCCAAGGAAACCAAGUAUCACUCAGACCUUCGAUGUGUCAGCGUGACUGUUGGAAAUGGUGCCCCAGCCAUUGCUUCAGCUUUUGUCCUGGUCAUGGGAUCUUUCCUUUCAACUCUUAUUCUUGCCUUCCCUUCCAUUUGAAUAUGGAUAAAAUCAGAGAUUGAAGAUGUACCUGACUCUGGAUUGAUGCAACGGUAGCGCCCUCUACUGUUACAACAUGAAUGUCAUCUGACUCUGCACAAACAACUUUUUUCAAGUUUCUUUAAGUUUUGUUCCAACCAAUGUAAUCAAAUUAAAUAAGUACAGUAAAAAUAUAUAAUGUUAAAUGCAAUGUUUAAUGUUUAAUUUGAUUCUGUCAUUCUUUUCAUUUAUCGGUACUUUUAAUCGGUGCUUUAUUUUUAUUUCACUGUGGUUUUAUGGAUUUUACAAUCUUUUGUGUUUAUAUUUGGAGUACUACUGUAUUCAGCAUAAAUAAACAUAGUAAUCAUCACCCAGUAAA